GUUCGAAUAAACCCAGGCCAAGGUGUUAGACAAAACCUAAGAAUUUGAUUAAAAAAGAAGACGAUAAUUGUAAAACAGACAAUAUAAGACCUUUUGCUAAGUAUGGAGAUAAUAGACACGCGCGGUUUAUGUUUAGGAGAUAGCAAUGUCUCGAUAGAAAAAAUCAAUACCACUCUGUCACAUAAAUUAUAUGCAAUCGCAGUCUGAUUACAUAGGUUAACCUUAGUUCAACAAAGACCAAGUAAUUCAGGGAUUAAACUAGCUUGUUGUGCUAAAAGACAUCAACUUCAAUCUCAAUCAUCAUUCCAAGUUUCCAACAACGUUCACUCUCAGGCAGUUCAUUAUUCCAUUUUGCUAUCCUUUUCUCUCUUGUGGUUGACUUUGAUUUGUCGUCCAUAAGCCAUAAAUAAGUAGAUUAGGAUAUGUAAAACGACUCACCUUCUUAACUAACUAGCCAAAAAAAAAAAAAAAAAAAAAAACACUAAGCAUGUUCGUUAUACGAUCUCUCUUUCUUCUCUUCUCAUGGCUUUGGUUGAGUUUGGCUAUGAUCACAUUUGCCGCCACCCCUAUUGCGAAAUCUGGUUGCCCAACUAAAUGCGGAGACUUAACCAUUCAAUACCCAUUUGGAUUUGGGCUAGACGGAGCAUGUUCCCUUAGUAGCAUGUACAACAUAAAUUGUAACACCUCCUUUGACCCUCCGAAAUCCUUCUUGGGUACGACUAACCUUGAGGUCUUGGAUCUUUUCGAUAAUGGGCAGAUGCGAAUUCGAAACUAUAUGGCAACUAGGUGCUACCAAGGAGGGGAGAUAGAUAAUUCCACAAGAUCAUCGAGUGUGGCAUGGAUUAAUCUUGGCGAUUUACCACUCGUGUUUUCAGACAUAGAGAACAAGUUUGUCGUUGUAGGUUGCGAUGACUUAGCUUUGAUCAAAGGCACCUUGGGUCGUUCCUCGACCCCCUUUACAAGUGGGUGUGUUGCUGUGUGUGCUAGGCCUGAUCAAGUGCUUAAUGGAUCGUGUACCGGGAUUGGUUGCUGCCAAACAUCCAUUCCGAAGGGGCUCAAAACGUUUAUAACAUCAGUAACGAGCUUAGACAAUCACACAAAUGUGUCCUACUUCAAUCCUUGUGGUCACGCUUUCGUGGCGGAGCAGAAUAAGUUCACCUUUAAUCUAGCAAAUCUUUCUGAUCCUAUGUUUAGAAGCAGAAUGAAGGAUGAAAUCCCGGUCAUGCUCGAUUGGUUUGUUGGGGUUAAUCAGACCUGUAGUCAAGCCAAGGGGGAUCCGGCUACAUAUGCUUGCCAACAAAAUAGUGACUGCACCGAUUUUGAUAACGGAUUAGGAUAUCGUUGUAGCUGUCUUUCUGGUUAUCAGGGUAAUCCUUACCUUAGCCCUGGUUGUACAGAUAUUGAUGAGUGCACAGGUUCAAUCAAGCCUUGCUCUCAUUUAUGCUCUAAUACCCUUGGCGGUUACAAAUGCUCUUGUCCGAAAGGACACCGUGGUGAUGCUCUUAAGAAUGGCACUGGUUGUACAAGUGAUAAUUCACAAUUCGUUACAAGGUUCAGUUUAGGUAUGAGCUUUGGAGUCAUAUUCUUGCUAAUAUUAGUGGGUUGGAUUUAUUUUAGCGCCAGAAGGAAGAAGCUUAUGAAAUUGAGAGAGAAGUUCUUUGAGCAAAAUGGAGGACUUUUAAUGAAACAACAACUUUCUCAAAAAGGAGGGACUAUGGAGUCGUCCAAAAUAUUUUCUGCAGAUGAAUUAAAAGUCGCAACAAAUAAUUAUAGUGAAGAUCGUAUUUUAGGUAAAGGUGGUUAUGGUACAGUAUACAAGGGGAUUUUUAGGGAUGGACGUGAAGUUGCAAUUAAAAAAUCAAAAGUUGCAGAUGAAUCCCAAGUUGAGUUGUUUAUCAAUGAAGUAGUCAUCCUUACACAAAUCAACCAUCGAAAUGUGGUAAAACUCUUAGGAUGUUGUCUUGAGACCGAGGUACCUUUGCUCGUGUAUGAAUUCAUCUCGAAUGGUACUCUCUUUGAACAUAUCCAUAAGAGUAAGGGUAUCACAUCUUGGCUUACUUGGGCAAAUUGUAUUAGACUUGCUGCAGAGGCUGCUGAUGCGCUUGCAUAUCUUCAUUCAGCCGCUUCAAUACCAAUUAUUCAUCGAGAUGUUAAAUCCACCAACAUACUAGUAGACGAAAGUUAUACGGCAAAAAUAGCUGAUUUUGGUGCCUCAAGGUUAAUACCAAUUGAUCAAAGUCAGGUGACAACAUUAGUUCAGGGGACAAUGGGAUAUUUGGAUCCAGAGUACUUCCAUACAAGUCAAUUAACGGAGAAAAGUGAUGUUUAUAGCUUUGGUGUUGUACUUGCCGAGCUCUUGACUAAAGAGAAACCUCUUUCAUUUGAAAGAAAACAGGAAGAAAGAAAUUUGGCUACAUACUUUGUCCUAUCAUUGAAGGAAGAUCGUUUAAUGGAAAUCCUUGAUCCUCAGUUGGUGAGGGAAGCUAGUGAAGUGCAGCUAGUUACACUAGCAAAACUCGUUAAGAAUUGCCUUAAUGUCAAGGGUGAAGAUAGACCUACCAUGAAAGAAGUGGCUCUUGAACUAGAGGGUUUAAAAAAACAGAACAGGCAUCCUUGGGCCGAGCACAAUCACGAGGAGACAACCGGCUUAACUGGCCAACAUGAUCUUUACCCUGUGCCUUCAAAUGGUUAUAGUGGUAAUCCAAGUACUGGAGAGUUCUCUGGACUGAAUUCAAUAGAUAUUAAUAUGAUUACUAAUUUGAACCACCCUCGUUAAUGGUUAAAUAAUCAUGCAAAAAUUCUCCUUCUAUCUUGAAGAAAAAAGUUUGAAUUUGUAGACUAUUAUGUUAUUCCAUGUAAACCAUAUAUAGAAAUAUUUAAUCUUUGAAUUGUUCUUUCCGAUCCUAUGUGACCAUUCCAUGUGUCGAUUAUACGUCCCUCAUGUAUCCAACUUUUAAACAAAACUGCUUCUAUCAGAUUUAUGUCAUCUGAAAUUAUUUUUC